CAAGAGUCAGAGUCAGACUCAGACUCAGAGCAGGGAGAGAGGCGCCAUUGACUCUUGAGCCGUGCAGGGUAGAAAUCAGGGCGCCUGGCGCUAGUCAGCAGGCUAGGUAGUGUGUCAAAGGGUGUCUAGAACCCUCAAGGUAGCAGGUAGGAGGGUUGGGAAGCAGCAUGGGGGGGAUUGAGACCCUCCACCCGAGUUUGCAGUCGUUUCCUACGGGGCCCCCAUCAUUGCCCUUGUUUUCCUCUGACGAGGUUGACCUGGCGGAGGUCGCACAAGUGGCCCUGCCCGCUUUGCAAAAGAUUUCCUCCCAGGAGUGGCAGGAAGCCCUGCGCGACGUGGGGGAGAUCUCUGUGAAGCGGCUGAGUGGUGCUCUGACCAAUAAGGUGUUUGAGUGCAAGUGGCGAGAACCGAGCGGGAAGAGCCGGCGGGUCCUCGUGCGGCUGUACGGCAGUGAAGUGGACGCCAUCUUUAGCAGAGAGCAAGAAGUAGAGACGUUCGAACGGCUGUCCCGGCAUGGCUACGGCCCCCAGCUUUUGGCACAUUUUCCUGCGGGCAGAGUUGAGGAGUGGCUGCAUGCGAGGACGCUGACGUCGCCGGACUUGCGGGACCCUGUGUGCUCCGCCCGCAUUGCUGCCAAGCUGGCCGUCUUUCACCGCCUUGACAUGGGCGCCCCACGUAGCGCCGUUGUGUGGCCGCGCAUGCGUGCCUGGCUGCUCACGGCCCUGGAGGUGGCCUCACCCCUGGCAGCAGCGGAAUUUUGCCUGGCAGAGCUGGAGGAGGAGAUUGCGGAGAUGGAGGCAAAGCUGGGGGGGCACAAUGAGGAAGGGGGCGAGGCGGCUACUGGAAGUUUUGCGGAACGGACAGUGACGGAAGUGGGGAGUGGAGAUGAGGGUGGAAAGGGGCACUGCACGGGGGUCAGCAGAGCUGCGGCUCAAGACAAGCUGCAGGCGGCAGGGCGCUCUAGAUGGGGCAUUGGUUUCUGCCACAACGACUUGCAGUAUGGCAACCUCAUGGCAGAUGAGCGCACGGGGGCCAUCACAAUUAUUGAUUACGAGUACGCAGGCUACAACCCGAUCGCGUUCGACAUCGCCAAUCACUUUUGCGAGUUUGCCGCUGACUACCACUCUGACACCCCCCACAUUCUCGACUACUCCCGCUACCCCUCUCUGGAGCAGCGCCUGCGCUUCUGUCAAGCAUACCUCUCCGCAUUAGGUGACAACCCUUCGGCGGAGGAUGUUGCCUCGUUAGUAAAGGAGGCGGACCGCUUCACUCUGGUGAGCCACCUGCAGUGGGGGCUGUGGGGCGUUAUUUUCAGCGCUUCAUCCAACAUUGAGUUUGAUUAUGCGGAGUACUCGCGGCAGAGGUUCCGGCAAUAUUUCCUGUCCAAGGACGGGUUGCUCGAUAGGGAUUCUUGCCUACCAGCAACAUACGGAAGUCGUCCUUAGUGUAACAGUGAUUUGAAGCCUUAAUUCGAAAAGCAUACAGGAGAUGUAUUGUUACUGAUAUUGCAACGUCGAGGAACGGAAGUCUAGGCAGGUUGUAGAAUUGGUAGACGUAAAGUAGAAGGUAGGGACACAAGGCAAGGACGUAGCUUAGAGUUGGGUACAGUAGCUUGGGUUGCUCAUUUUAGCCUAUCUUGUGUGGGACGAUGUCCGUUUGAUUAGACGGAAGCAUCAGUUAUGUACAGGAGCUGCAGGAGACUCGCAGAAGCUUAGUCUAUGUCUGGCUUUCGGACCUGCGUAAGUAGUCAUCUGCUGACUGUUUCUCAGGUUAAUGCCCUUGUAGAUAGAUGCUAAAUUUUUUAGCUUCGCUUAGACUUGGAGAAUAAUAGAGUUUGCAUCAAGUAAAGUAUCACAGUCUGGUCCUUAUUUGCAAAGUGGCAGCUUGCAUGGGGGCAAUUGCCGAAUUGUGCUUCAAAAGAACAAGUACAUGAGCGUGGAUGGCGAACAGCUAUAUAUACCGUC